GCCAGCAGGUCUGGGCCUUGGCAGGGCGACACCUUCCGCGACCACCUCUGGGAGUCGCGCGAGCCCGCGAAGGGCGCGGCCGACCACGUGGCCUCGGAGUGGUCGGAGCCGACCGAGCCGGCGGCGAGGCCGACGACAGGGGCCCCCGCGACGUUGGCGAAGGCGGCCGCGUCAGCCGCGCUGCUGGGCCACGCCGCCGGCGCGGCCGCGGCCUAUAG